UUGAACGUUUUUUCCAAAAGUAACCAUGUCACUCCCUCUUUGUAUUGAAGAUAAUCCCCCAUUUUCACAGAGAUCCAGACACCACCAGACCAAAUCAAAUGAUUUCAUGAAGAUUUCAAUCCAACCCAAGUCACUGUCAACAGAUGUCUCUGGGGCAAGCUGAGGGCCAGCACUUCAACAAGCCUGAAACACAUCUGUGGCAGCAGCACAGCAGUGUUAGAGUUAUUUGAGCGUGAGGGAGUGAUUCAAGCACCUCAGGAUCUGCAGCUCCAGGACUCCAGACCUGCUCCAACCUGGAUGGAUCACAGGCAAAAGAGGCUGCAGAGUAAAUCAUCUCCACCAAAGUUGGAUGUCUUUCCUUGAGGGUUUGCUGGGAAGUGCCAUUGACUUGUGCAAGGCUGCUGUUAUCAACCUGGAAUAAUGUCCAUGGACUGGCGUGACAGGCUGAUCAUAGGCUUGUUUGUGAUGCUUAUCCUGAGUCUCAGCUGCUGUGCUGGACAGAGCUAUGAACGCUGGGAGGCUGGGUCCUCGUGCUAUGGAGGGUUUGACCUCUAUUUUGUGCUGGACAAGUCUGGAAGUGUACAGCACCACUGGAAUGAGAUCUACUACUUUGUUGAUCACCUUGCACACAAGUUCAUCAGCCCCCAGCUCCGAAUGUCCUUUAUAGUCUUUUCAACAGAGGGAAGGAUCCUGAUGAAACUUACAGAGGACAGGGAUCAGAUCCGUGCUGGGCUGGAGGAGCUUCAGCAUGUCUUACCGGGUGGAGAUACCUUCAUGCACAAAGGUUUUCAGAGGGCAAGCGAGCAGAUCUACUAUGGAACAGGUGACGGAUACCGCACAGCGAGUGUCAUCAUUGCUCUGACUGAUGGAGAACUGCGCGAGAAUGAAUUUGACUUGGCAGCCAGAGAGGCCGGUCGCUCACGUCAGUUGGGAGCUUCUGUGUAUUGUGUUGGAGUGAAGGACUUUAAUGAAACCCAGCUGGCAACAAUAGCCGACAGCGAAGAUCACGUCUUUCCUGUUAAUGAUGGCUUUGAAGCACUGCAAGGGGUCAUUGAUUCAAUUCUGAAGAGAUCCUGUAUAGAGAUCCUUGCUGUGGAGCCCUCGAGUAUUUGUGCAGGAGAAUCCUUUGAGGUGGUGGUUCAAGGGAACGGAUUCCUUCACGCCCGCGAUGUGAGCAGAAUCCUUUGCAGCUUCCGUAUCAACAACACCCUCACCGUGAGUAAGUGA